AUGUCACAACGAUUAGAACGAAGAAAAUGUUCAUCAGUAUUAUCAAGUCGUAAACAAAAAACGAAAUCAGCAAAAGUAAUAACUACACGAACAAAUAGAAUUUUUAUAAAUUCUAAUCAAUGGCUUUUACCAGAAACAGAAGAAUAUUUAAGAAGAAAUGAUAGACAAGAAACUCAUACAACAAUCAUAGAAUAUGAAGAGGAACAACAAGUUACUCCAAUAUCAUUAACAAAGAAAAUUCCAACACCGUUUGAUGAAGUUAAAUCAUAUUUAAAAAAGAAUAGUUUGGUUACAAAAGGUUUAACUAUAUUUGAUGUACUUUAUCCAACAACGAUAACAAUAAAAGAACCAACGCAUAUUCAAAUUAUUGAUCGUUAUGUACUUUCUAAAGUUUGGGAUGAUAUUUUACCAUUAGCAUAUGGAUCAUAUGCUGGCAAACUUCGAUUAGUUAAUCAUUAUGCUGUUAAUUUAGAAAAAUAUGAAAUGGACCUUAAAGAGUUAAUUUCUGAAUAUCAUCAAUUUAUUUCGAGAUUUAUUUGGAAAAAUUUGAAUGAUGAAGAUAAAAAACAAGUUACGCCCACUAUUUAUUGGAUGAGUAUAUCACAAGAAGGACAAGAUAGCCUAGCUCGUGAAAUUACCAAAGAUGAAUAUAUAAAUCAAAAUUCAUUGGAAAUAUUUGCAUGGAAAAAAUUAAGUAUCGAUGAGCAAAAUGCUUUAUUACAAAAACCUGUUGUUUAUAAUGAAACAACUCAAAUUGUAUUAAAAAAUGUGUUAAAAAAUGCUAAAGCUGAAUCAGUUUUAAAAGGAGUUUCACAUAUGGAUGUUGAAAUAAAACGUGCUGUAAAAUUUUUACAAAUUUCAACUGAUUUACGUCAUCAUCAAAAAUUAGCUGUGAAUGAAUCGAAAUCAACUGUUACUCAAACGACAAUCAUUAAAUAUAAAAAAACAACCAAUAUAAAUAUCAAUAUACGAGUUCUAGCUCGUUAUGGUCCUGAUGGUUAUUUCUAUAUUGGUACAUUACAAAAAUCUGAAAAUGGACAAUUGAUUGUUUUUUUUGAUAUGGAUGUUGAAGGAGAAGCAGUUAUAUAUAUUCGUUUACCGACAAGUUUAUCAAGUAAUCAAUCAAAUUUAUUUCUAAACGAUUGUGUACUUGUUCGUCAAAUGAGAGAAACAGAAGAAUAUUGGGCACCCGGUUUAGUAAUAGGUCUUCCAGUAUCAUUUACUUUACCAUCGCCUUUAUAUAUGGUACAAGUAUAUGAUCCAUUUUCAAAACAAAUUUAUGUACAUCGAAAGGAUAUGAUUAGAAUAACUGUUCCACUUUUUCAAAACAGUACUCGUUAUCUUCAAAAUCUAUAUCAAAAUUCUGGAAGAAAUGAUAUUUUUAUUAAUUUUCAAGGACCGAAUCAACCACCUUCUACUCCUGCUCCAGGUCUAUCUGAAGCUGAUAUUAAAUCUAUUCUUGACAAAAUUCUCAAAUCAUUAAUAGAAAAAAUUGAACAUCGUAAUAAAGUACAUCAUAAACGUUAUCAUGAACUUAAAAUAACCAUAGAAGAUCAUACGCGUGUGAUUAGAAUUAUACAAGAACAAUUAUCAAAACAACCAGCUCGUCGGUAUCCUCCUUAUCCUGCUGAUGUACCAACUUCACCGAUUAAUCCUCCAUCAUCAGGACCAACAACUGAUACUGAUACUUCUUCUGAAAGGACUCCGACUCCACCACCAACUCCUAGACUUAAACCUGGUACAAAAGUGUAUGCAGUAUGGUCUAAUGAUGAUGGACUUGUUUAUAAGAGUACUAUAGUAGAACCACAGGAAUCAGAUUAUUAUGUCAUUGAACGAACUGAUUUACGAGGUAUUCUGAGUAUAAUACCACGUCGUGAUAUAUUUCUUGAAACAGAUCGUUGUCCCCUGAAAAAUACCAAUAUAAAAUCAUUUGCUUUGGUUCAAUAUCCUGAUGAUUGCCGUAAUUGUUUUUGUCCAGCAGUUAUUCUUCAUCAUGAUGGAGCGACAACAAAAGUUCGUUUUUAUGAUUGUUCUAUCGACAAAGAUCUCAAAAAUCACCAACAUGUUAUACCAAUAGAGAAACAACAAUUUGAACAGUAUGUAACAUCUCGUAUUGAAAAAGAAAAAUCUUUUGAGGAUCAACCUACUGUCGGUUUAAAUAAUCAUACAAAAACAUUUAUGUUAGGUACGAUUACAAAACGUGUUGGAAAUGGUCAUCAAUAUUUAAUUAAAUGGUGUGAUGGUUCUGACGAUGAACAAAAAGAUGAAUUUUUAUUUCCUGGUGUAUUUACUCAACCUGAUAAUCAUCAAGUGAAUAAUAUUGUUUUGGCUAUAGAUAAAAAGGAUUCAAUAUAUAAACCAGCAAAAAUUCUAUCUAUUUCAAAUGAUCGAAAAAAUUUACAAGUUGAAUUUCUUAAUUUAUCAUCAAGACAAGCAAAUGUUCGAGCAACUGCAGCAUUUGUAAUCAGUGAAGCAUAUUAUAAAAAAAUUAUCGAGCAAAAACAUACACAACAUUAA